AGCUCUCCGCGAACGUUAUUUCUCUCCCCACACUUCGGUGCAAAGUGUAUUUAAGUGGCCAGGCAGUCGGUGCUCGAGAACACACGCGUUUCACCCACCUGAGAGGGCUGCAGUUGUCUUGACGGGCGCGAAAGUAACAGAUACCAAAUAAGGAAAACACUUGUCACUAUGAUACCAACCAUAACGAAGAAGUACCAGAACGUGGUGAUUAGCACGGGCAACAUCAUCACCACCGAACUGGGACAGCGCAAAUCGAAUGAGGAGCUGUACGAUGGCCUGAAGAUAACGCUCCACACCGACCCGAGUGCAGAGCGCGUGGUUGUGGAGAAGGAGAUCGACCAGCUGCACGGCCGAGUGCAGCGGGCCACCCAGGAGCUGACCACCCGUCUGACGGAGAAUGGCCGGAAUGAGAUCAGUAUCGGUGCCAAGAUAUUCCUCAAUCGCCACUCCACGGAGUGUGUGAAUCAGGCGGUGGAGGAGCUACUCAACAUACUCAGUGUGACGCACGUGGACAAUGUGGUGUUGGCCUACCACCCAAAUGCGGUUGCCAGCGCAACGCCGGUGGCCACAACCAAAUCGCCCUGUUCCGAGGGCUCCACCGUCAGCAAAGCUGCAAACUGGAGCCAGCGUAACGGAAAGGAAGGAGUGGCAGAGCUGAAGGAACUGUACCAAACACUGGAGCAGUAUGCCCUCAAGCAGCAGAUCACCCAGCUGGGCAUUGCCGAUCUGGAUGCGGUAGCGCUGGAGGAGCUGCACAAGAGCGCCCAAGUGGCGCCCACCAUUGCCCAGGUCAACCUGUCCACUUGCUGCGUGGUGCCACCGGAACUGCAGGAGUUCUGCACCGCUCACGACAUCCAGCUGAACACGCACAGCGAUCCCGAGCUCCUGCUGCCCGCAGAGCAGUUCGACGGACUGGCCCCAGGCUACACAAUCGACUGGUCGCUGCGCUAUCAGGUGCAUGUCCGUUGCCGGGGCGUUCUCACCGCCAAGGGAUACAUCGUGGGAGCGUCAAGGUCGAGCGAUUAGUUAUUAGUAACACCCACAUACAGAUUCUAGGCUAUAGUUUUAAUGUUUGUAAUGUAUGCUGUGUACAGUGGUGUACUUAUUGUUUGUUAUACAAAACCCCGAUUGAGGACUCAGAGCCGAUCGAUUCACUUUACUGUAAACGAUUUUUAAAUACUUAUUCUGAACAUAAAGCGUUUCAAAAACGACAA